AAGAAAAGAAUACCACGAGCUAGCUGAACUUACUUUAAUGGUUUUAUCAUCAAAUAGAUUUAAAUUUCAUUUACCGGGACCAAUUCACCAUUCAAGAUUUAUGGGAAAAGGUUUAUACUAUUUAAAGUUGUAUCUUUUAAUGAAUGAAAUCCAAAACCUAACUGACAAACAUAAGGAAGAAAUAACUGGUAUGGCUUUGUUCAUAAGCCUUUUCUAUACAGAGUGGUUUCUAAAAGCAGAGUUAAGUUCUUUGGCACCAACACAGGAUAUAAAAGCUUAUUGGCAAAUGAAAAGGUUUGAGGAAUGGAAUCUACUUGGCUCUCGAGCUGUUGCUAACUCUAUUCUCAGACAUACUUGGUAUCUGGAUCCAAAUUUAGUAGUUUUUGCCCUAGCAAAUAAAGAAUGUAGGGAACGUGGUGAUAUGGCCAAAAAACUAUAUAGUUUACAAAGAUGUCCAAGUGAAAGUUUUCCUUUGGAACGCCAGGUAAUGGACCAAGCUAUAUUGAAUAGCCUCAACUUCAGUAAAGAUGAGCCCCCUAGUUUGACUCCACUAGUAACAGAAAAGUCGUGGCUUGUUUUUGACAUGCUUAGGCAUGGAAAAGCAGAAACUCAAUGGAUGAAGACUCCACCAGAAGUUUGAAAAUUUAAUGAUUAUUAUCUAGAAUUUAGAGCAACAGUUAAGGGACUUGAUGUUGUUAAUGACUGCUCUGAGAGGGCAG